AUGGAAAAACGCAGGAGGGUGGAGCAGGGACUGGGGUGGUCCCUGGGGUGGCAAGGAAGGGGAACACAUCACUGGUUCACUGUGUCUCUGCAGCUCUCCUGUUAUGACCAGGCCAAGCAGCUGGUUCUCACCACUGGGUUGCUGUCAGACAACAUCUUCACUCACUUCCUGGCCAGCUUCAUCGCCGGAGGGUGUGCCACAUUCCUGUGCCAGCCCCUGGAUGUGCUCAAGACCCGCCUUAUGAACUCCCAGGGCGAGUACCGGGGUGUCGCCCACUGUGCCAUGGAAACUGCCAAACUCGGACCUCUUGCCUUCUACAAGGGCUUUGUUCCUGCUGCCAUCCGGCUUAUUCCUCACACUGUUCUCACCUUUGUCUUCCUGGAGCAGCUACGCAAAUAUUUUGGGAUCAAAGUGGUCACCUGA